AUGACCACGCCCCAGGAAUCCCAAGAACCCCACUAUGUCUUCAAAUCGUGGCUCGAUGCCGCCGUUUUUGCCGAUGAAAAAAUAUGGGGUCCGCUGCCAGAUGUGGUUUCUACACAGGGGCGAUACCUAAAGCCACGCCCCGAAACCCCAGCGAUCGAGCAACACUAUGAUUCCAAAUUUGUAAAGGAGCUUGAAAUACACCUAGAUAGUCUCCUCUAUGAACAAUCUUUACGACGCAAAAACUAUGGGGAUGCUGCGGACGAAUGGCCACCUAGUCAUACCCCACCUGAAAUUAGAGAGAAGUGGAUGGCCAAAAGAGAUGAACAAAGGAAGAUACGACAAGCUCUUCUUGAGAUCCCAACCUCUGAAGAAGAAGAAGAGCCGGUACCAAAACCGCGGUAUAGGACCAAAAAGCGAAAGCAAGAAAAAGUCUCGCCCAUUUUAAAUCCUCGUCCAGGGCCCCUGCCGCUCGAUGCUGUACCCUGGCGUUUGGGAAGAGCUGCCAAAAAAAAGUGCGCUCCACCCUCUCAUUCACCAAAUAUAUCGUCAUAA